AUGGCGGCUUUACAGUCAAUCCUAAGGUCCCCCGGAGGCAUCCCCUCCUUCUUUGUCCAGGGCAGGGCAAGGAGGGAAGGAGGGCAGAGGAGAGAGGACCAGGUGCACCUGCCCUCUCCUUGCCACCGGCAGGAGCAGAUCCGCCAGGCCCCAGCCCACACCGGACUCCAGGAUGCUGUUCUCCGGAUGGUGACUGCUGCCCUGAAGCUGGUCCCCAGAAUCUCCUCCCACAUCUCCACAUCCACAGAAGACCCGUCUUAUGUGAAGGUACCUCAAGACUCCGUCCGCAGGGACAGAUGGGCACACCCCACCACCAUCCUGCUCUUCAAGUCCCAGAGCAGCCAGGCUGCGCUGGUGCCCAAGGAGCACAAGGUGUUCAUGGAGGAAGCCUACAAUGCAGCCACCUGCUUCAAGAUGCUCCGGGACUUGGAUGGUUCAGACCCCCUCCAGCUGAAGUACAUCAAUGAGAAGAUCAAGAACGUGGCUCACAGGUCCCCCAACCUGGUGAUGGAAACCAUCCAUGACUACUUCCUAGACAACCCAGAGAUCUCCACCCGGCACAAGUUCCGACUGUUUCAGGUCCUGGAGACCAUUAUUGGAGCCAGUGACCUCCUGGAGGAGACCUGGGAGAAGUCCUUCAUGCAGCUUGCCCUGGAGAACAUGACCAAGUCCACGGAGCUGGAAGACGUAUAUCAGGAUGCGGCCAGCGACGUGCUGGUGGCCCUCUGCAGGCACUCAUGGCAAGCUGUGGCCCAGCACCUGGAGAGGGAGCUCCUUACAGGCGUCUUCCCGCACCGCAGCUUCCUCUACGUGAUGGGCGUGCUGUCCUCCCACGAGGAGCUCUUCAAUGAGGAAGACAAGGCGUGCUGGCAAGAGUGGCUGACCCAGAUAGCUAUCAAGUCGGUCCAGUUCCUGAACACAGACCUGUGGUCCAAGGAGCUGCUGUGGGCACUCACCAAGCCCAACCAGACCCAACGGGAGCAGUCCCCGGAGAAGGCCUUCCUGUUCACCUACUACGGGCUGAUCCUUCAAGCUGAAGAGAACAGUGCCACGGUCAGGACACACCUACAAACCCUCCUGGAAACGUCCCACCAGUGGCCCAAGCAGAGAGAGGGGAUUGCUCUCACAGUGGGGCUGGCCGCCGUCCGCCACCUGGAUGAUGUCUGGGCCGUCCUGGACCAGUUUGGCCGGAGCAGGCCCAUCAGGUGGAGCCUCAAUAGCUUCGCCCCAAAGAAUCCAGAGGAUGUGCAGUGGAGGUGGGCCAGCAGCACCGCCCUCCUUGCCUAUGGGCAGGUGGCGGCCAAGGCCAAGGCGCACAUCCUCCCGUGGGUGGACAACAUCUUGUCGCGGAUGAUUUUCUACUUCCACUACAGCCCCUGGGAUGAGUCCCUGAAGCAGAGCUUCCUCACUGCGGUCCUGAUGCUGCUGGGGGCCAUCGGCCGGAGCGAGGGUGCCCACAGCUACAGGUUCUCCCAGACCUCCGAGCUGCUCGACUGUCUGAUGAUUUUGAUGGAGAAGGAGCCUCAGGACACUCUGUACACACCAAGUCGCCAGCAGUCCAUCCGCAUCAUCUCCAGCCUCUGUCAGCUGAGGCCACCUGUGGACCUGGAGAGGAAAUCGCGGCUCCUCUCCACCUGCCUCCGCAGUGUGUUUGCCCUGCCGCUGCUGGAAACCCUGGAGAGACACACCUGCCUCUUCCUGGAGCCACCAAACAUACAGGUGUGCUGCGCCCCUGAGCCAAGAGGGGCCUCUGGGGCAGGGUGGUGUCCUGGGCACUUUCUGAACUGCUCUGAGCACCUGUCUACCCUGUACCACAAGACCACAGAGGCACUCGACCACAUGCUGCAGAGCUUCAUCACGCAGAGCCCCACGGCUAACGAGCUGCACUUCCUGCUGUCGCACAUGUACACCUGGCUGGCGUCGGAGAAGGCGCACGAGCGGCAGCGGGCUGCGCACAGCUGCACGGUCCUGCUAAGAUUCGUGAGCCACAACCUCCACCUGCACCCAAAGAAGGACUUCAGAUGGAUUGGGCAGCUGGUGGGCAUGCUGGGGAUUCUGUGCCAGGACGUGGACAGAGCCACCCAGCACUCCAGCCUGGAAGGGGUGGGACAUCUCCACCAGCUCCUGACAUGCCAGAAAGGAGAAGCUGAAGAGGUGGAGUCACAGUCCCUUAAGGAGCUCUCCCAGCCCAGUGCAGAUGGAGCCACCCUCUGGAACUGUGGGGACAAGAAGUCCACUCCCCCCGCCCCCCAGGGGAUGGCCUUCCCGAAGAACCACAUCUUCCAGCUCGGCAGCUCCCAAGUCAUCAAGGAGAUCAUGAAGCAUCUCUCGAUGGCAGAGCUGACCGAUCUCAUCUGGACAGUCAUUGAUGGCCUGGGCUCCACCAGCCCCUUCCGUGUGCAGGCCGCGGCUGAGUUGCUGCUCGCUGUCGUCCGGGAGCACGGGGCAAAGCUGGAGACUGUCACCAACAUGGGCCAGGCCAUCCACCUCCACCUCUGCUCUGUCCGCAUCCCCCAAGCCAAGGAAAACGCACUGAAUGCCAUCACCCUGCUGGCCCGGAACCACACCCCGGAGCUGGUGGCUGCCUUCCUGGACUUCUCCAUACCCCUGGACAGCCACGCCUUCCGGCUAUGGAGAGCCCUGGGGGCCGAGCAACCUGUGAGCCGCCUGGUGCUGGCCAUGCUGCUGGCCUGGCUGGAGGAGCGGCCCCUGCCCACUGGGGCCAGGGACAGCAGCCCCCACCCCAAGGAGAAGACCUACCUGCGCUCGCUGGCCGCCAUGAACACGUUGCACGAGCUGCAGUUCGCCCGAGAGUUCAAGGUGGCCAUGAAGGAGGCCUACCCCGAGCUCCUCCUGGCCCUCCUCACCCAGAUGCACUACGUCCUGGAGCUGAACCUGCCCACGGAGCCCCAGCCAGAGCAACAGGCCCAGGAGGGGGUCAUGCCCGGCCCCCAGAGGUGUAGCACAUCACUGGAGGCACUGAAGGGCCUGCUGUCCACCACGGGGCACUGGCACGAGUUUGCCCACCUGGAGCUUCAGGGUGCCUGGGAGCUCUUCACCAGCAUGCACACCUACUCGCAGGGCGUGGGUCUCCUUGCCAGGGCCAUGGUGCAGAACCACUGCAGGCAGAUGGAGGCAGUGCUCAGCCAGCUGCUGCCCAGCCUGCAGAGCCCGCAGGAGCGGGAGAGGAAGGCAGCCAUCCUCAUCCUCAUUGAGUUCCUCUACAGCCCUGCCCUGCUGGAGGUGCUUCCCAAACAGGCCGCCCUGACCGCGCUGGUGCAAGGGCUCAGGGACUCCAGCCCCGAGGUCCGUGUGUCCAGCCUGCAGGGCCUCGGGAACAUCCUCUUCCACCCGGAGAAGGGAAGCCUGCUCCGCGGGCAGCUGCCGCCCUUCCUCGGAGGCUUCUUCCGGGACAGCGAGCCGGUGGUCGUGCGCCUCAUGGGCACCGUCUCGGACGUGCUGCACCGCCUGGGAGCGCAGGGCGCGGGCGCGCACAGCACGCGCGUCGCCGUCAGCGCGCGAUCCUUCUUCGACGACGAGCGGGACGGGAUUCGGGCGGCAGCCAUGGCACUGUUCGGGGACCUGGUGGCAGCGAUAUCACGCAGGGAGCUAAGCGGCCUAAGAACCCAGGUGCACCAGAGCCUGCUGCCCCUGCUCCUGCACCUGAAGGACCAAUGCCCCGCUGUUUCCACGCAGGCCAAGUUCGCCUUCUACCGCUGUGCCGUGCUGCUGCGCUGGGGGCUGCAGCACACCCUCUUCUGUUCACUGGCCUGGGGGAGAGGCCUCAGUGCCCGCCACUUCCUCUGGACCUGCCUGAUGUCCCAUAGCCAGGAAGAGUUCAGCAUCCACUUGGCACAGGCCCUCAGCUACCUGCAUAGCUGCCACCGCUACAUCAAGACCUGGGCAGCACUCUUCAUAGGUUAUACCAUCUGCUACCACCCCCAGGCUGUGUCCCAGAUGGUGAGCGAUGUCGACAUAAAACUGCUGUUCUGCACUUUUGAAGAUCUCAGAAAAGACCUAGAACCCGGCAUCCAGGAGUUCGCCACCAGGCAGCUCUCCUUCCUUCGGGAGGUGUCCACGAGACCCCAGCAGUGA